UUCUCUCGCGCUCCCCUCCCCCAGCAACCACACACACGCACACACACAAACAGAGAGGGAAGGGGGGAGGGUGAGAGAGAGGGAGAGAGAGAGAGGGGAGAGAGAGAGGCUCCCCGGCUCCCUCCCUCCCUCGCACACAGCGACUGGAGACGGACGGAGAGCAACGCGCUGGGAGAGGAGAGACCACCGAGAACAGCCCCGCGCUCUCACACAUACACUCACACUCGGCUCUUUCCUCUCCCCCCACCUCCUCCUCCUUCCACCCCCACCACUAACACCAUCUCCUCCUCCUUCUUUCUGCAACAAGAAAAAAAAAAGCCAUUUACAGGGGGUGAUGUGCAACUAAUUAAAGGCAGACUAGCAGCGUCUGCAAAUUCUAAGGCUCCCCAAAUAAAAAGAGACUGUUGUAACAGUUGGAGGAUAAUGCUAAGGAAGACGCUGCCUGGGAAUUCACCGUCUGUGGAAAUGCGCCCCAGAGAGGAAUAAAGCAGUCCUCACCUUGCUCUCCCCAUCCGGACCCACUUUCCCCUCCCGCCUCGGCCCCCACCCCGACACCACCAUCACCCCCUUCCCUCCCCCCCACCUCCCCCCCUUUCCCACCCAGGUGUCGGACCAGGCGGUCCCCACUUCCACCCUGCACCCCUUCUUCCCCCCCUGCACCAUGAACACCAAUGUCUGCGUGGAGCCCGGGCCGAGCCCGGAGGCCCCGGGCUUGCCCAAGGAAAGCCACCUGCCCGAGGGGGCCCUGAACAGCCUUGUGGAUUACAACUCGGAGAUGGAGCGCUACCGCUCCUUUGCCACCUCCUUCUACAAGACCAACGGGGGCGCCUUCCCGCAGGCGGCCAAGAUCGCGCGCAUCACCACCCCCAUCUUCCCCAGCAGCGCCGCCGCCGCCGCGGCCGCCGCGCGCAUCGGCAUGUCCCCCUGGAACUGCGACAACGCGGCCACCGCCGCCGCCGCCACCGCCAUGCUCUGGGGCAGCGGCGGGGGCGGGGGCGGCGGCGGGGGCGGCGGCGGCGGCGGCGGGGGCGGCGGGGGCGGUGGCGGGGGCGGCGGGGGCGGCAGGAAAUCCUCCUCCGCCGCCGCCUCCUCCUCCGCCUCCUCCUCGGCAAUCCUCCCCGCCGGCGGUGGCGGCGGUGGCGGCGGCGGCGGCGGUGGCGGCGGCGGCGGCGGCGGCAGCAGGACCAGCAUGCACCACCGAAACGACUCCCAGAGGCUGGGGAAAGCUGGCUGCCCGCCAGAGCCGUCGUUGCAAAUGGCAAAUACUAAUUUCCUCUCCACCUUAUCCCCUGAACACUGCAGACCUUUGGCGGGGGAAUGCAUGAACAAGCUCAAAUGCGGCGCUGCUGAAGCAGAGAUAAUGAAUCUCCCCGAGCGCGUGGGGACUUUUUCCGCUAUCCCGGCUUUAGGGGGCAUCUCAUUACCUCCAGGGGUCAUCGUCAUGACAGCCCUUCACUCCCCCGCAGCAGCCUCAGCAGCCGUCACAGACAGUGCGUUUCAAAUUGCCAAUCUGGCAGACUGCCCGCAGAAUCAUUCCUCCUCCUCCUCGUCCUCCUCAGGGGGAGCUAGCGGAGCCAACCCGGCCAAGAAGAAGAGGAAAAGGUGUGGGGUCUGCGUGCCCUGCAAGAGGCUCAUCAACUGUGGCGUCUGCAGCAGUUGCAGGAACCGCAAAACGGGACACCAGAUCUGCAAAUUUAGAAAAUGUGAAGAGCUAAAGAAAAAACCUGGCACUUCACUAGAGAGAACACCUGUUCCCAGCGCUGAAGCAUUCCGAUGGUUCUUUUAAAGCAGUAGUAUAUCUUAUUUUCAAGGCAUUUGGAAGUGAAGGGCAAACUAAUGUCUUGUUUUAAGAAACUGCUUAGUCCACCACUGAAGAAAAUAUCCAGAUAUUAUUUUCAUUUUAUGUAUAGGGGUUUCUUCAAAACAAAACAAAGGAAAAGAAAAAAGACAUAUAAAAAUAAUCUGGGAGUUUGGGGAAUUGGCCAGUCUAUUUACUUUCAAUACACUGAUUCUUUCUUUGAUGUAAUUUAGCUAUACUAGUGAAGUUGUUGUCUAUUUUGAAAGUGGCUGUAAAAAAAUAAGUUUGGGUAAACCCCUGCUGUAAAAUCAUGUAUCUUUGCAAAGUACAUAUCUAUACUUCAUUUUCAAAUAUAUGUGUUUCAGUACUGUAAACUGUACAGAUAGCAGCUUGUAUUUUGUGUGUUUAGACACAAGGAGACAAUCAUGUCUGAGCAUCUAUGGAGAUUAACAGUUUGUACACAACAGUAUGGUUCUGCGAGUUAAAUCUGGAGCAAUAAAUUUUAGCUUUAACUAUUUUUUGCCAGUUGUUUCUAGAAGCAGCAACAGCAGUGGCAUGUUUUGCCAUGCAUCUUUCCGUAGAGACUUGAUGCCAAGUUUUGCAAGACUAAAAGAUGAUGAUGCAUCCAGCAAUUACCUUCAGUUGUAUUGUUAUAAGAGGGGGAAGAUGUUAUGAAAGUUUCAAUUAAUCUUUUGAGCACUAUAUUAGAGUAGUGGUUAUGCACUUGCAUUGCUUACAAACGAGCUGUACAGAAGGGUAUACCUCCCAAAUACUUAGUGUAGUUGACUUGUCUUGGGUUGCACUGUAAGGCGGAGUACUCACAGUAGUUGGAACAUGCAGCAUCAGUUGUAUAACUUUUUUUUUAAAUCAGUGUUUUCUAGGAUACAGAGAAAAGUAUCAUAUCUUAGGGGAGAAAUUCUUGAUUGAUUUUUUUUCUCAGCCCAGCAUGGGGUAUAUGUAUUUUUUGUUUGUUUAAAUUUUGCUCUCUCUCUCUCUCUCUUUUUCUUUUGGUAGGAAAAAGAAACUUUUGAUAAAAUGUAUCCAAAUGUUUUAAUUCCAUGUAUGAAGUGAAAUGGGUAGUUUGUUUUAAAACUUGACUACGUAAAGACCUCCUGCAUUGAGACAUGGCUAGGUAUAUUUUUAAGUUAAAAAAAAUUAAACACAUUUAUAGAAGUGAGGCUUUUAAAUCUCUUUUUAUCUCCUUUUCUCAUAACCUCCCAGUUGGACCACUGGCCUUCCCCUAGGCCCUCAGUGGAAUGUUCCAUUGCUCCUAUUCCCAUUUUUUGUCACUUGAUGCUUUCAUUCCUGAGAAGGCAGGGCCACAUUCUGUGGAGUUCCAUAAAUGCAAACAGCCCCAAACACAAAGAAGCUAAUGUUUCAUAGGAUCUGUGCUACCUUUUCACGUAGGAUUUGGUUUUCUUAAGGCAGUCAAGGUUCCUAAGUCUGUCCCAGGAGGACAGAUACGUUACUUGUGAUGACAUGAUUCCUAGGGAGUUUAUUUCAUUUCUGUUUCUUGCCAGAUUAUAAAGUCUAUUCUCAUCUUUAGGAAUAAAAUAGAGUUUAGUGAAAAUACAUGGAGGAUCGAAGUUGCCAUGUUACUGUAACUUUUGUUCUUUAUCCACUAGCCAGCUACUUCAGCCUAUAACAUCCACUAGCCUGCUGAAAAAUGUUAGCAAGAUGGAUCACACAGAGGAAAAGAACCUGAGAAGAGAAAGGGUGAUGAAAAGGACUGUAAAGUUUUAGAAAGACUAGCAGAUUAAUAAUUUUAAGAGGCUAGUUGUAGUUGUGAAUGGGAAAUAAUAUCACAGGAGAUUUUAAAAAACACAGAAGGAGCACUUCCUCAUCAGAGCAUGGGUGGGAGGGGUGGAGAAGUCACCUGCAAAUGCCAAUGUGAAAAACAAGUGACUAAACCUGCCUAGAAUAUGAAUGCAAGGUCUCCACUUAUGGUUGAAUGGCCUUUUUAAGGAAAUUUUAUUAUAUAUUACACCUAUCCAUGUUUAAAGAAGAAAAAUAAAUAAUCACAAGCUAAAAUGUGCUUAAAAUGUAUGUUAAUUUUGAGAUAGCUUUCUGCUUGAUGUAUAUUCCUUUGAGGGUUUCUAGUUAGAAUUUCUGUUUCUGCUGUGGGACCAAUGAGAACUAUAGGAGUUCUUUCUUGUCCACUUUUAUUUGAUUUUACUUACUUUUAAACCAAUUUGCUAAUUAAUUACAAGUAAGUGAAAACUUACUUCCACAUUUGAAUGGUAAGUUUGCCUUGCUAUUUGGAAAACGACGAUUAUUACUAUAGGAUUGAAGCAAACGUCCAUUCAGGCUGUAUCAGGCAUACAAUAACGGAUAAAGAUCGCACAGCAAUGUACUGAGAGUCUAAAAUACAUGCUAGUAUUGCAUGUCUCGAUGUGUUUUUGUUUGUUUUCUUAAAGAACUAAUGAAUCUGUAUAUUGUAAAAUGUGGUGUUUUACAUGUCAAAUCAAUUUUUUAAUGAAAAAAUGUUGAUUAUGGAAAUGGAAAAGUGCAGCUUUUCUUUAAUUCUCUUACAUGUUUUUGUUCUCAAUAUUGUUCUUUUACGUCACCCAUUUUUUUAUGAUUUUGGUAAAACUCUAUUUAUAUAAUGUAGGGUGCAUAAAAGUUCUCGUUGGUGAUGUCGAAGAAAGAUGUUACUCUUCCAGCCUCCCUCUGGUUCUCUUCCCUGUAAGUCCAUAUACUGAGAACUUGUAAAGGAUGUCAUUAUAACCCUAAGGGAACUAUUUGAAGGUUUACAUUUUUCAUGAUUCUAAAAUACCCAAUGACAUGUAACUUUUGAAAAUUCCUUGCUGUAUGUUUCAUAUUCAGUACCAAGAAAAUUCAGAACAUGGCAAUCAGAAUAUAGAUCAUGGCGGACUAUACAACUUAAAAAUUACAUAUCGGAUAAGUCCAAUUAAAAUUUUGUAAGAGAGAUCUACAUACACAGAUGUCUUACCUUCCCUACAAAGUAAGGAGAUAAGAAGACGCACAUACCGUAAGCAUUUGGGGAGAGCUGGAAAAUACGUAGGAUGUUGGUACAUAGUACAGUGAAGUGUUUUCCUUGUCAGCUGUCACUCGGCACCCUAAACAUCCCAAGAGCAUCAUGCAAACUUCCCUCUUUCCAGGCCUUCAGACCAAAGUGGCUUUCUGAUGGAUUUUGCCUGUCUGUUCCCAAGUGGAGGCAUAGUUACAAAUCAGAAAUGUGUCCAUCUUUAGGAGAGAAAACAGUGAUAGUCUUCCUCCAGUGUAAGAGUAUUUAAGAGCAUCUCGUGGUUGCUUAAUCCCCAGUAGCCAACUUCCUUCUAUACACAUUCACAGGGAACAAGACAUGGUGGGCUUCCUAUGAAUUCCUAUUAAGCAAUCACUACAGAAAGGAAUAUCCCCUUCCUUUCAUUUAGAACCCCUGGCAUGUAAGUUGUACAAUUAAUACUAAAGCUUACAAAGUCUUUAGGCCGAUAGUAUCUGUAAUCAAAUAAUGAACAAGGGAAAGCAGUUAAAUGAACACACUAUUCAGGGUCAAAUAUGUUCAGCAAAAAGCCGUGGUGGGUCUUUGAUCAUGGUUAGAUUCACAGUGAUAUCAAACAGUUGGUUCUCAUGUAACAGCUAAAUGUUUCACAUUUUGUUUUUAUUAAAUUUGGCAGUUUCACACUGAGAUCUGUAUUCCUAGUGAAUAAAAGACAGCUACUAUGUUCGGAGGGAUUCCAUUUUCACAAUGGCAAGGAAGUCUGAGAUUUCAGGAACGUGGGCCACAAAAUGUACUCCUUUCAGUGUUCCCCUCUUCUGAACUGUGCAGUCAUCUAUUAAAUUUUCUAAUAGAUAUUUGUGUAAGGUGUAUGUAUGCUUGUGCAAUUAUUAAAAAAAAAGCAGUUUUGGAAAACAGUGUAUUUAUUAAAGAAAAUUACUUAUGGGGCAUGUACAAAACUGUAAAAAAAAAAAAAGCUACAAAAAAAAAAAAACACAUUCGAUUUGCCCAGUAAAGUUGUUUUUGUGAAAUUUCUGUGUUGUUGAAUAAAGGACUUUAGUAUUCAAAAUAUCUCUAUUUUUCCAUGAACAAAUUUUUAUUUGUGGGAAUUUAAGUAAUGGACAUGUGAUCCUGAUAAUCUAAUUUUGUUUAUGAUGAAACAAGUGUAUAAUUCUACACUUGCCCUUAUGUCAGCAGAAUGAAUACUGUAUAUAAAUCUUUCAUAAAAUACGGCAGUUUUGUUCAUUUUGUUUUUCCUCAUAGAUUUUUGUCUUUCUCAGAGAGUUAAAGAAAAGGAAAAAGAAGAACAUGGUUCUUUUCACAUUUCUAGAGGAUAUUUUUUGUUGUUGUUGAAAGCUUUAAAAGGUCACCUAAAUAGAGGAAGAAAUGAAUGUAUCCAAACUUUUCUCCUUCCUUCUCCAUCCUAAGUGUGCCAGGAGAAAGCAUCCCAUGAAUCCCUUGUGCCAUGAAUGGAAAGUCCUGGUGGUAAUACUUGAAAGCAUUAAAGUUCAUGAAGAAAUGUGCAACACUGGAAUUCUAUCUUCAGCCAUUCCCAGCAAUACUCUGAGAUUAAAUUUUUUUAUUGUACUUUUUAAAAAAAUUUUUAUGGAAUAUGAUGGUCUGCCCACGCUGCUUAUUGUUUUGGUGGUGAAUGUGCUUAACCCCUACUUACCUCACUGUUUCUCAGAACAAAGCUCUAAUUUUUUUGAUGCCUCAUAAACUACAAGAAAUGUAGAACACAAUUUUAUAUCUUGGAAAUCCUUAAUAUGAUGGCAAACACCGAACUUCAAACAAUUGAAAGAGUCCAUGUCCACAGAAAAUAAUACCACAUUAGAAGAUGUUUGUCGAUUUUAUAAAUUUCAGGGUGUGUUCUUUUAGUAUAAUACCGCAAAUGUAAAAUACCUUGGCCCUGGCAACAGAAUUAGAUCGCAUAGUGUGCGAAAGAAGAAUUAGGUAACUUGAAUUACGAGAGUUUCUGGAUACUCAGCAAUAUUUUCAGGUGAGUUUUUGUGCUUGUUUAUUACAUUUUGGAGUAAGCAACAAUAGGGCAAAAAUAUAAAACUGAGUUUUCAUAGAAAAUACUUUCCUUACUUGAAAUCUUCAAAUAAGGUUUAUUUGUAGUGAUAAGAGAAUAAUGCUUCAAAAUAGUUUGAAUUAACCAUGAAGGGAGAGGGGAGGACUUCUAUACCUUAUUUAGACAUUGAGCCAGAUAACAGUUUCAUAUGGUUUCUGCAAAAUCAUGUAUUUUUUAAAGAGUGUUUAUUGGUAAAAGUUACCUUUAUUUGCAUGUUUUAUGCAGAAGCUAUUCUCCAGUUUAUUUCUACUCUUGUCUUUAUUCUGUCUCUUUUUAAUGGUGAAAAUUGUUAUUUAAGGUAAACAGGCUGAACACAAAUUUGUUUUAUCUGCAUGCCCUACAUAAGUAGAGUAGUUAUGAAAAAAAUUUAUUCUUAUUUGGCAAUUUUAUUUCUAAUCUUCUAGUAUCUUGGCUUAAGAUCUGUCUUUGUGUCCUUUGCAAUUCACAUAUUUUGGCCAAUUUUUAAAGCAAUAUUUCUUAUUUUUAAUGUACUUAUAUAAAAUUAAAUGUCAACCAAAUUAUCUUUAGUCUAAGUCAAUGCUUUGUUUAUCAUAUGUUACUUAAGACAAAAAUCAUUCUGGUACCAGGUGUUAUAAUUUCACAAGUUGGAAGCAGUGUAGAGAUCUCUUUCCAAGAACAGUACUUUUAAAAGCUAUUCUUAUCCUGUAUAAAUCCUGCAUGUAAAGCAUUUUUAAUACAAGACUGAAUUACAUGACUUGUCCAGUAUUUAGAUGGUAGGAGAAUCUGACUGCCUGGUUUGAAUUAUGACCUUCUGCUUAUGACUUUUCUGAAAAGUAAUCUUCUAUCUAAAUUAUAUGGCUCCAGGAAACCUGCACAAUUUGGAAGGGAAGUUAGAAAAGAACACAGUUAAAUGAUACUUUUUUUACUUUUGGUACCAUCAUAAGACAGCUGAAAAUUCGUAUUCAUUGUAUCCUUCAAGAACUUUUCUCAUGUUUGCAUGAAUGGCCUUAUGAUUUUGUUUAUAACUUUUAUUGGUACAUGUUUAUAAUUUGUAAUUUUAUUUAUUAAUGUUGAAUUAAUAUGUGUGUGUGGGUGGAUAUAGAAAGAUCAAUCUGUGUGUGCAUAUGAGUGUGUGGUUUUUUCAGGCAGCAGAGUUGAAGUAGUUAAGGAUCAGUGUAGGUCUCAUUAAACAUGUUUUAUGGCUAAGAGUGUCAGUGUUGUGCCAUUGCAAUUGAAUUUGAUGACUCAGCAUCUUACAAUACUUAAUCUGUUCUCUGGGAAUCAGAAAAUGUGGGGAACCUACCUGGAAUCUUUUGGUCUUAAGUGCUUUUACUUCAGUUCACUAUGUCCUACUUUCAGUUAUUUAAGGGACUGUACUCAAAAUUAUGUAUACAAUUUGUUCCCCAAAUACAUUACUUCCCUUUAUAUAAUUUUUACAUUUUAGGUAUAUUUAUAUACUAUUCGGUUAUUUAUCUGUAUGUAUAUUUGAGUGUCAAGUGCACAUCCAACCACUAAUAGAUGACUUAAUCCAUAGCUUAUAUAUUUUGACCAUAUGGAAAAAGCCUGCAUUCCCCCCCAAAUUCGUGAUAUCUACCGAGCAGCAAUAAGAAGAACGUUGUGAAUAUUGUGUGUGUGUGUGUGUGUGUGUGUGUGUGUUGGCAAACCAGCAAUUGAUUUAAUUCCUCAUUAUUCAACAAGUUUUAUUGUGUAUCUUCAAUGUGCCAGCUACUGGGAAUAUCAAGAUGAAUAAAACAUGAUUCCUGACACAUUUACCAUCACCAUGGAACUCAAUCAAAUGGUUGAAAUAAAUACACAAAUAAAUAAAAACAGUGGAAAGUGUUGUGAAUGGAGCAGGCAUCAUGUGAAGGAGUGGCAAGAAGAGAUAGAGUGAAGCUCUUGAAUUUCACAUUCUUCACGGUUGAAAGAAGAGGGCAAGGCUUGAGCACUCCUGGGAUAUCAAACCUGAGAGUAAAGUAGUGAGCCAAAGAGAUGGGAAUUGCAGGAAAGAAAAAGACAAAGUUCAAAAGACCUGAGAGAUACUACCUUCCUAGUCUAAGUUGCAAUAAUUUCUCAUGGGGAUUGCAGGAAUACCUUGAAGAUAUCGUGGGUUUAGUUCCAGACCACCAUAAAGCAAAUAUUGCAAUACAGAGAGCCAAACUAAUUUGGUGUCUCAGUGCAUUUAAAAGAUGUUUAUACUGUACUGUGGUCUAUUAAGUGUGUGACAGCAUUCCUUCUUUAAAAAAAAAACAAUGUUCAUUCCUUAAUUAAAAAAUACUUUAUUGCUAAAAUAUGCUAAUCAUCAUCUGAGAUUUCAGAGAGUUGUAAUCUUUUUGCUGGCCGGAGGGUCUUGCCUUGAUGUUGGUGCCUGCUAACUGAUCAGGGUGGUGAUUGCCAAGGGUUGGGGUGGCUGUGGCAAUUUCUUACGUUAAGACAACAAAGAAGUUUGCCAAGUGAUUGAUUCUCCUUUUAUGAAUGAUUUCUCGUAGCAAACAAUGAUGUUUGAAACAUUGUAACUACAGUAGACCUCUUUCAAAAUUGGAAACAGUUCUUUCAAACCCACUUGCUGCUUUAUCAGCUAAGUUUAUGUAAUAUUCUAAAUCCUUUGUUGUCAUUUCAACAAUCUUCACAGCAUUUUCACCAGGAAUGGAUUUUAUCUCAAGAAACCACUUUCUUUGCUCAUCCGUAAAAAGCAACUCUUCAUCCAUUUGUAUCGUGAGAUUGCAGCAGUUCAGUCCCAUCUUCAGACUCUACUUCUAAUAUCAAUUCUCUUGCUAUUUCUGUCAUAUCUGCAGUUAUUUCCUCUGCUGAAGUUUUGAACCCCUCAAAGUCUUCUAUGGGGGUUAGAAUCAACUUCUUCCAAACUCCCAUUCAUAUUAAUAUCUAACUUCUUCCCAUAAAUCCCAGAUGUUCUUAAUGGCAUCCAGAAUGGCAUUCCAGAGAUUUUCAAUUUGCUUUGCCCAGUUCCACCAAAGGAAUCACUAUCUGUGGCAGCUAUGCCCUUAUAAACUGUAUUUCUUCAAUAAAAAGACUUGAAAGUUGAAAUUACUCCUUGAUAGCUUGUCUGUGGAGUGAAUGUUGUGUUAACAGGCAUGAAAACAACAUGAAUCUCAUUGUACAUCUCUGUCAGAGCCCUUGGGUGACCAGGUGCAUUGUCAAUAAGCAGGACUAUUUUGAAAGGAAACUUUUUUUUUUUUCCCCUAACCGUAGGCUUAAAAUACCUUAUGUUGUAAACAGAUAUGCUGUCAUCCAGGCUUUGUUGUUUCAUUUAUAGAGCACAGAUGGAGUAGAUUUAGCAUAAUUUUUAAGGGGCCAAGGAUUUGGGAGAUGGUAAAUGAGCACUGGCUUUAAUGGGCAGUCACCAGCUGCAUUAGCCCCUAAUAGGAGAGUUAGUCUGUCCUUUGAAACUUUGAAGCCAGGUAUUGACUUCUCUCUAGCUACUGAAGUCCUAGAUGGUAUCUUCUUCCAGUAAAAGACUGUUUCAUCUACCUUGAAAAUCUGUUGUGUAGCGUAACCACCUUCAUUCACAAUGUUCUCUACAUCUUCUGGAGCACUUGCUGCGGCUUCCACAUCAGCACUUGCCGCUUCACCUUGCAUUUUGAUGUUACGGAGAUGGCUUCUUUCCUUGGACCUCAUGAACCAAUCUCUGCUAGCUUCUGACUUCUCUUCUGCAGCUACCUCACUUCUCUCAGCCUUUGUAGAAUUGAAGAGAGUGAGACCCUUGCUCUGGAUUAGGUUUAGGCUUAAGAGAAUGCUGUAGCUAGUUUGAUCUUCUAUCCAGACCACUCAAACGUUUUUCCAUAUCAACAAUAAGCCUGAUUCACUUUCUUAUCAUUCAUGUGUUCACUGUUAACAGCAUCUUUAAUUUUCUUCAAGAACAUUUCCUUUUCCUUCACUAAUUUAUUUGGCUCUUUGGUGCAAGAGUCCUAGCUUUCAGCCUACCUCAGCUUUAGGGCAGGCCUUUCUCACUAAGCUUAAUCAUUUUUAGUUUUUCUUAUUUAAAGUGAGAGAUGUGUGACUCUUCCUUUCAGUUGAACACUCAGAGGCCAUAGCAGGGUUAUUGAUUGGUGUAAUUUUAAUAUUGUUGUGUCCCAGGGAAUAGGGGAGCCCAAGGAGAGGUAGAGAGGUGGGUAAAUGGAGCAGUCAAAACACACUCAACAUGCAUCUGUUUAGUUCACUGUCUUAUAUGGGUGUGGCCUGUGGUACUCAAAACAAUUACAAUAGUAACAUCAAAGAUCACUGAUCGUCAUAACAAAUUAAUAAUAAUGAAUUUGAAAUAUCCUGAGAAUCACCAAAAUAUGACACAGAAACAUGAAGUAGGCAAAUGCUUUUGGAAAAAUGGCACCAAGAGUCUUGCUUUGAUUCAGUGUUGCCAUAAAACUUCAAUUUGUAAAACAACAACAGUAACGCCCCCUCAAAAAAAAAAUCGGUCAAGCGCAGUAAAUCAAGUGCAGGAAAAUGAGGUAUGCCUGUACUUCAGUAGCUACCACAACAUUCUCCUUCAAUUCAUUCUUGUCUGUCUUCAGUACAUUUUCUAUGCAGUAGCCUGAGUAUGCACACACACACACACACACGGAGUUCGUGUGAUUCUAUGCUUAUUGUCAGUGGUUUCCCAUUGCUCGUAGAAUAAACACCUAAAUGUCAUCUGUGAGGAUCUUGUGAUCUGGCUCUGCAAUCUCAUCACGUAUCAUGUCGUCCUUUUUUCUCUUUCUGUUCCAGCUGCUUCAACUUUUUUCUAAUCCUUACACUUACGGGGAUUACACUUACACUUCUCUUCCCACCUCAGGACAUUUUGUUAACAUUGUUUUUAAUGUUUCCAAUCUUCCUUCCCACUUUCUUCCUCUGGAUAAUGGCUCUUCAUUCUUCAGAACUUCACGAAAACUUUACUCUUUAAAAGGAAGUUCUCUCUAACUUUUGUGACUCUGUCAAAUUCACCUGUUACAGGCCCUUAAAGUACCCUGUAUCUCUUCACAGGAAUUAUUUAUGAAUUAAUUCAUCCAAUAAAUAGAUAUUAUACAUUUACUAUGUGCCCUUCACUCAUUCAAGCAACUACAAUAUAUGCAUAAGCAAAUAAGACAAAAAAAACCCUCUCCUCUAUAGAACUUACUUAUAUUCUAGCGCAAAGAAAGAGGUCAAAACAAAGAAGUAAACAAAUAUCAAUGCCACAAGGUAAUAUGUACCAUGGGUACAAAUAAGGAGUGGGAAUGAGAGUAGGAAUGUGUGAGAGGAUGAGUUGGAAUUUUAAAUGGAUAGUCACAGAAAGUCGAACUGAGAAGGCAACAUUUGAGGUAAGACUUGAAGGAGGCAAGUAAAUAAAUACCCCAUAUGGAUAUCUUAGAAACAGCCAACCCAGCAAAGAGAAUGGGAAGUACAAAGACCUUGUAGCAAGAGUGGGACUGGAGUUUUCAAGGGCCAGCAAGAAACCUAUUGUGUCUUGAGUGCAAUGGGUAAGAGAGAGAAUAGUAGGAACUAUGGUUCGAGAAGUAAGAGUGAUGAGAUUGUAUGGAAUCAUGUUAAGAACUUUGGCUUUUACUCAGAAGCAGAAAGGAAAUCUUUGGAGUGUUUGAUGGGAGGGAUACGUGAUCCAACGUAUAUUAUAAAAGGACAGCUUUGGCUACUGUGUUGAGAGUAGACCACAGGCCAUAAACGGAGGAAGGGAGACCAGUUUGUGGUGCAGACAUUUCCAUGACCUAAGUGAAAAAAGAUGGUGAAACUAGAAUGUUAGCAGUGGAGGUUGUAAAAAGAGGUUGAACUCAGCAUAUAGUUUGAAAUAUAGGAAAUAACAUUUGUAGACAAGGCAGGGCUUUACAUAUGUAAGACAAAAAUUAAUAAUGCCAGGGUUUAUUUUAAUUUUUUUAAUGUUUAUUUAUUUUUGAGACAGAGAGAGACAGAGCAUGAACGGAGAAGGGGCAGAGAGAGAGGGAGACACAGAAUCUGAAGCAGGCACCAGGCUGUGAACUGUCAGCACAGAGCCCGACGCGGGGCUCGAACUCACGGACCGUGAGAUCAUGACCUGAGCCGAAGUCGGAGGCCCAACCAACUGAUCCACCCAGGAGCCCCAAUGCCCAUGGUUUUGAUGUGAAUAACAUCAAAAUAACAUUGAAACAUCAAAAAUAAUAGUAUUUAAAAAUAAUGAGCCUGGAUGAGCUUAUCAAAGGAGUGAGUGUGGAUAGACAAGGGAGAGGAAGGACAAGGACUGAGAUCUUGGACUCACCUACCACAGUUAUACUUCCAUUUUCAUUGUAAUCAUUAUUGGAUCAGUGACUAUCUUCCACACUGACCAAGGUAGAGAAGAUACAGAAACCCAAGGAAAAUUCUGCAGGUGUACUCUCCCAUUUCCCCCAUCCCAGUAACCUGUAUUCUUUUAACCUUUAUUUGUUUUAGAGGUUAUUUUUCAAAAAAUGUAUUUGAGAGAGAGAGAGAGUGCACAGGGGAGGGGCAGAGGAAGACAGAGGGAGAGAAUCUUAAGCAGUCUCCAUCCUGUGCAUGGAGCUCACUCCCAGGACCACAGGAUCAUGAACUGGGCUGAAAUCAAGAGUCAGACGCUCAACCAACUGAACUGCGCAGGCACCACUCUUUGAACCUUUAGUUAGCCCAAUCCUUACCCUUCAUUCACAGGUGACCAUCCCCCUCAAUUUUUCCUGUUUCCAUUGCACACAAAAGCUUGCACUUACUAUUUAUGUUUAUCCAUACAUUCUAAUGCAUUGAUUGCACAUGACUUUUCUCUUAACAUAAAUAGAAAUACAUCAAGUUCAGAGUUUGAUGAAGACCAGGAUUAGUACCAUUAAAAAUAAGCGUAAUUUUACUGUACUUGAUAUCACAUAAUUUAUCUUUCUGUUCUUAAAUUUUUGUUAGCAAUUCCGUUAAAGGAGAUGAAAUUAUUAUCUCUUAUUUAACAUCUCAGGGACCAAAAUGUUUGAACAGAAAGUGGAUAGACGUUAAAACUACAAAUUGAGAAUUGGAAUUAAGUUGUUUGACUCUUAGUCAAGAGAUAGGAGUAAGAUUUUAAUUUGCCUAAACUUUCCUUCACAAGGGAAGAAGUUAGCUCAUUAGUAUAACAAUAUUAGAGUUGAAAUUUCAAAUACUUAUUGUUUUUGUUAUUUACCAUUGAUACUUCACAGAAUUAGUCAUGCAUAUUUUCAUUAACAACCUAAAUGAAUUACAGAGAGUGUGGUUAAGAGAGAAGUGUUUCUUUAUAUUUUGUAUGCAAGAGAAAGCAUUUUGUACUAGAAUCUCUUUAGACCAGAGUUUCCAUUUCAAACCCACCAUUUGACAGAAAUUUCUACAUAUGAGAAGUUCACCACUGUAUCCUUACCACAUUCUGAGGACUAAACAGUGAGUAGAUCCAAAUCCGAAAGAACCGAAUGCUAAUUAUUUCAGUCCAUUAAAGUCCUGACGAACCUCAAUAUAUCCAGAGCAAGAAAGGAAACCAGCAAUGACUGCAACAAAAUCUGAAGAGCCUGAUUUCAGAGUUUGGUGGAGAAUGUGGAGGAUCUUAUGAAGUGUCAAGAAUAAAAAAAAAAAGUGAGUUGAAAAUAAUUUAGUGAUACAACUGUAAUCUACACUUGCUUCAGGAACUUGGGCAACAUUGUCACCAUGGAUGUAGAACUUCUGAGGUUUAUCAACAGAUUUCAUCAAUGAGAAAAACAUCACAUAAAAAUCCACAGCACCCUAGCUGUUGUAUCAAGUAAGGGUGAAUCUGCACGCUGAAUUAUUAAAUGUAUUCCCACACUAUAACAAAAUUGUGGACCUGAGAAAAUGUAGUACUUUCUAGUUUGUAAAGUCUGUCAGAGAUCGGGUUCUUCAAUGGCCAAUUUGAGGGAAGCUGGCACACAAUUUAAAGAUGUAAUUUGAGUCAUGGCUGAUGAUAUACUUUUACUUGUUUAGCCUUUUAUGCAGCUUGUUUGCAUUACUUGAACAGAUUUGCUGUUUCUAUUCUAACUGCAUUGUGUAUGGCAUGAGGAAUGCUGAUUAAUUCUUGUCGGUAAUCAUCACACAUGCUGCCAGUGUUGUACAUUUAUAUCCUCCAUUACAUAAUCUAUGUAUUCAUUCCUUAUGUUAUUAGUGGAAGUGGCGUGUAAUAGGUAAAUAAACCUGCUCCUGAUUUAGAUUUAAA